CGACGCGCGUCACGUCGAUCGAAAGACGUCUUCGCCGUCUUCCCGCGACUCGCGCUCGUCGUGACACGCGCACACCGCGCGCGAUCUAGCUUCCGCGGCGCGUCGGAAACGAACAUCUUUCUUAUUUCCCGCGCCUCAACAACCGCGAGAAGAAGAGAAGAACGCGCUCGUCGGUCGCUAUGGGGGAGAAGACCGCGAAUGGUGGCUCCACCGGGACGUCCGCGGGCGAGCGCUACAGCGACAACAAGCUGAAGCACGACAUCCGGACGUCGAACAUGAACGCCGCGAAGAAGCUCGCGGACGCGAUCCGAACGUCGUUGGGCCCGCGAGGGAUGGACAAGAUGCUCGUGAGCGGGAACAACGACGUGACGAUCACCAACGACGGCGCGACGAUCUUGAAUAAGAUGGAGGUGUCCCACCCCGCGGCGAAGAUGCUCGUGGAGCUGUCCAAGUCCCAGGACAUCGUCGCGGGAGAUGGGACGACGUCCGUGACCGUGCUGUGCGGCUCGCUCCUCAACAAGUGCGUCUCGCUGCUGACGCGGGGGGUGCACCCCACGGUCAUCUCCGAUGCCAUGGGCCUCGCGUGCGACAAAGCGUGCGAGAUCUUACAGGAGAUGUCCAUCCCGCUCGAUAUCAGCGAUCGCCCGGCGCUGAUCAAGGCGGCGACGACGUCGCUCGGGAGUAAGGUGGUCGCGCAGUACAGCAACGUCCUCGCUCCGAUCGCGGUGGACUCGGUGCUGAAGAUCAUGGACCCCGAGCGGCCCGAAAUGGUGGACCUGAAGGACAUCAAGAUCCACCGCAAGGGGGGCGGCACGAUCGACGACACCGAGAUGGUCCCGGGCCUCGUCUUGGACUCGAAGUCGUCCAAAGCCGCGGGCGGGCCCACCAAGGUGGAGAACGCGAAGGUGGCGCUGAUUCAGUUUUGCAUCUCGCCGCCGAAGACGGACAUGGAGAACUCCGUCGUCGUGAGCGAUUACGCGCAGAUGGAUCGCAUCUUGAAGGAGGAGAGGAAUUACAUCAUCGGCCUGAUCAAGAAGAUCAAAGCCUCCGGGUGCAACGUGCUCUUGAUCCAGAAGAGCAUCCUCCGCGACGCGACGACGGACCUCGCGCUGCACUACCUCGCCAAGGCGAAGAUCCUCGUCGUGAGGGACGUCGAGCGCGACGACGUCGAGUUCAUCUCCAAGACGCUGAACUGCCAGCCCGUCGCGCACGUGGAUCAGCUCACGGCGGACAAGCUGGGACACGCGGAGCUCGUGAAAGAGGUCCAGUGCGGCGCGGAUAAGAUGGUGAAAUUCACCGGGAUCAAGGACAUGGGGAACACCGUCUCCGUGCUCUGUCGCGGCAGCAACAAGCUCGUGAUCGAGGAGGCGGAUCGCUCCUUGCACGACGCGUUGUGCGUGAUUCGAUGCCUCGUGCAGAAGCGGUUUCUCAUCGUCGGCGGCGGCGCGCCCGAGGUGGAGGUGUCGCAGCAGCUCGGGAAGUGGGCGAGGACGCUGUCCGGCAUGGAGGCUGUGUGCGUGAAAGCGUUCGCGGAUGCCAUGGAGGUGAUCCCGUACACGCUCGCGGAGAACGCGGGAUUGAACCCGAUCGAGAUCGUCACCGAGCUGCGCAACAAGCACGCGACGCCCGGGAAUGAAAACUACGGCAUCAACGUCCGCAAGGGGACCAUCACGGACAUCCUCGCGGAGAACGUCGUGCAGCCGCUUCUCGUGAGCACGUCCGCGCUGUCGUUGGCGACCGAGUGCGUGCGGAUGAUCUUGAAGAUCGACGACAUCUGCCCGGUGCGCUGAUCGCCCGCCGCGACGGAGGGCGGGAGGAGAGAGAAGAGAGGACGGAGGGAGAGAGAAGAGAGAGAGAAGACGGAGAGACGGCGUCGGCGCAGUCGAGCCGGCCGCGCUCAGACGGACGUUUCUGAUCGCGGACGCGUGCAGUGCACAUUUUUUCACAAAGAAUCGUAUUCACAAAGCUCC